CCCGCACCAGAGCAGUGCGGGCAAAAGGGACGGGGCAAGGCAGCCGUUCUGGUGAUGCACAUUUGCCGGCUUUCACCCCCCAUCUCUCUCUGAUGCUGGUGGGUUUUGCUGUGUGUUUUCAGCAGUGAUACAUUUCAGAGCUCAGUCUGAGCCUGGCCGCCUUAUGGAAAGGUCACUCCUUGCCUGGCUCCACCAGGCGAGAGCUGAUCUCCGGCAGGUCUGGGGGAGAACCGUGUUAUAACCAGUGGGAAGUGCUGUCAGUUUCCCUAGCGCAGGCGAGGCUUGGAGCAAAAGCUGUUACCCAGAGUCCAGCUCUUUAUGCACCUUUCCCGUAUCCAUGCUGCCAUCUGAGGCCCAGGAGGCCGCCAGGGUGAAGAGAUCAUUGGGGGCCGGGUGGUAGCACCCACUGCUGAGGCAUUAGCAGCAGAGUCCAAGCAGAACAUCUCGUUGAGCCCGCUGCUCCUCUGUCCAGCAUCCCCAGGCCUGACAACCACAGAGCAAGGAACUCUGGGGGCCUGCUUACAGAACCAGGGGCCCAGUGACCAGACAGAAACAAAGCACAAAAGCAGGGAGCAGGAGCCAGUUCCGUGCUCAGUUGAAUUCAGGACUUUUAAAAACAUGCUUUGGUGGAGUUUUUGCCAAGACAGUGGGGCACAGUCUGCUGCAGGAGGGUUUGUACUCGCGGCACAGGUGCAUCCUCUGUUGGGUGUAUAAGGAACACGUGGUGAUUUGAGCACUGGUUCAGAGAUGGAAAGUGCUGUUUGGAAGGCAAAGAAGAGGGUCCUCCCACCAUGGAUGGCAGCGAGGGAAGUGGAGCCAAGAAAGACUAUGUCAGCAGUGAGAGCCAAGAGGGCGAAGAAGCCAGCUGUGGCAAGGACCGUGACUGUCUAUUGUAUGAACGAAGCAGAGCUGGUGGACGUGGCAUUGGGGGUCCUGGCUGAGAAUUGUAAAUACAAGGAAAUGGAGGGGAACGUUCCAUCUGAAACCGAAGGGGAGCAGGAAAGCCAGCAAACGCCAAUGGAGCCUCAGUGGAGUCCAGCAAGCAGUGGCGGGGCCAGCACCCCCAGGCCAGACCCCAGGCCUCAGGCUCAGCCAGAUGCUUUGGGCUGUGCUAGCAGGACAGACACGGAGGACGACGAGGAUGAUGCUUUGAAAUACGUCCGGGAGAUAUUUUUCAGCUAACGUCUUGCAGGGUUUUUUUAAGCAGAGCAAAAAUAAUGCUAAGGGAGCCGUAGUGGGGGGGAGGGUGGGGCAGACCCAGAGGCUGGCUCCAGUGGGUGGGGAUACAGCAGUGUGGGGCUGUACGGGUGCCCCCAAUGUCCUCCCAAUUCAAAGGGCGCCCGGAGCAGUGGUGUGGAUGGGGCCCCAGGAGAAGGGAGCAGGAGAGAAUGUCUGAGAGGAGCUCGCCCUUGUUCUGCCAUGAGCUGCAUGGCCAAUGUCUGGUUCAAGUACAGCCCUUGCCCAGCCUCUCACCUACCCCUAACACUUCCCCCUUCAUAGCCUCUUCCUUGUGAGCCAGGGGUCCCCUCCUCCGCAGGCCAGCUCCCCAGCUGAUACUAAGUGGCCUCCUGAGUAUCAGUCUCUGCCUAGAAGUCAUGGAGACUGAACUCCCCUCCCAGCUCUGGGGUGGAGCUCGGCAGGGCAGGGCAGGCACUUGAAGGUGUGGGGGAGACUUGCUGUGUAGCAACCCGUGAUCUGUGAGUAAACAGUUUGUUCUGCAGGGCUGUCAUUGGGGCACCUUUUAUCAGUAUUAUAUUAACUUUGAAAGGUUAUUAAAAUAUUUAAUGUCUCUUUUAAAAA